AUGGUGUCCGCACAAAUCCCUCCGGGGCUUGAGCUACGUUCGCAUUCAACUGCGCGCCUGGCUGCACAUGCAACACGUUCCUUUGCACCAGGGGAUGUAAUCCUCGUCGAUGAAGCCCUCACCACUGCAAUCCUUCCAUCCGACGCCGGACGACGAUGCAACCACUGCCUUCGCCUUACCUCCGACCUGAAGAGGUGCGCCGGAUGCGCAGCCUAUCAUUAUUGCAGCACGCAGUGCCAAAGCCAACAAUGGUCAAUCCAUCACAAAAGAAUAUGCAAGCAUAUAUCCAGCUUUAUUGCCUCCCCCGCGUACCAAGGACUGCACGAACACGAGAAGAUCACUGCAGUACUACUAUCGCAUCUGUGCACGAUCUCACAACACGGCAAGGAUUCCCUCCGACCAGCCCUUUCCACGUUCGAAGACCUCCUUCCUGGCCCGGAGUCAGCCACUCCGCCGAUAUGCCCACCUCCUUUUAGCACGGAAGAGCAGCAAAAAGCGACAUAUUAUCACUCGAAAUUCGGCAACAACAACUUCGUCAUACACUCCCAUCUAACGAGCUUCGCCCAUGGGAUCUUCCCGAUGUCGAGCAUAUGCUUCAACCAUUCAUGUGCGCCCAACGCAGCAGCACGAUACAUCCUAACGCCACACCAAGUGCCACGCAUGGAGGUCAUCGCGCUCACACAUAUCGCUGCAGGCACAGAGGUCACCAUACCCUACCUAGACCCUGCGCUCCCUCUUGCCAACCGACAACAAAUCACGCAGAUCACCUACGGCUUCAUUUGUGGUUGCCCCUUGUGCACGCUCCAAGCGUCGUUACCCGCUGUCCCCCCGCCGCCGCCACGUUCCGCCCAGGAAGAUAUAUCCUUGAUAGAUUUCGGUCUCCGAAGGCUCGUCUUUGGUGCAACGUCAGACGUAUCCUUGCCGGACACGGUACCGCCCUUGAAUGACCUUCCGCCUAACCUCUUGGCCGUCUUGCACGAGUCAUACCUACCUGCGCUUUCCGCGGCAUUCAGCACGGCGUCCCACGACGUCGAGAGCGCCGACAUAUUGGCGACGGCGCUACAAACCGGACAGACGAUCCUCGCGUUGUACCUAUUGCUGUAUCCCCGAAAUUACCCGCAGAUCGGCAUGCACGCUCUUGAAGUUGCCAAGACAGCGUGGAAUGGCACCGUCCUCGACAUGCCCGCCUCCCCAGAUGAUCGACGUAGCCUGCUAGCGCAAGCACAAGCUUACCUAGCGAUUGCUCAGGAACUGCUGGCCGUCUUUGGGCGAGAAGGCGACGAAGGAGGGCCAUUGGACGAAAUCCAUAUCUUGAAGGGGUUAAUUAUGUACGAGCAGCAUACCUCCGUGUGAAAUGUUGCUCGUGAAAUGAGACAUGGAAUGAAAGUAUCAAGUGAAGAAAUACGAUAGCAUUAUGCGAUAAGAUGAUAGCAUACGAUAGCAGUCAAAGCCCAUGUGAUAUAUACACAGUUACCG